CCGUGAAUAAAGAGGGAAUACUGUAGCUAUUUUUCAGAAGUGACCUGGCCAUAAAUGAUAGCUCAACAAAGUGGCUUAUCACGUGGCGUCAUGAUGAUGAUUGAACCCACGAUCUCUUGUAUACCAGCCAAGGAAGAUAACAUCUCACCACCGUGUGUAGCUUCUCGAGAUCGCAGCCUCUUGAAAUGCAUCUGCAGCUCAGAUGCUGUACUGUGUUGUUGUAAAGGCACUUAAACCUGAGACAUCAUCUUAUCUUCUCCCUUCAUUAAUUUGUAAAUGGGUAUGGACAUCAUAUGAUGUUCAGAUGACUGAGUUUUUGUAAUUGUGCAUUUUCACCCCAUGACAUAUCACUCUCUAUUGUUAUUAUGUGUCCACACACGCGUACUUUGCAGAUGGGAGUGUGAUUUAUUCUGUUGGUUAACGGUGCAGUGUUUUCACAGUAUGAAAAUGGGCCAACUUUAUCAAGCCAAAACCACUGAACAACACCGCGGGGGCUUCAGUCAUUCACCUCAAAUACUCACAGCAUCACUUCCCAAUAGCUCUCGACUGGCUCAUCAACCUCUAACAUCAACACGGAACGUAAAUCUCCCUGCCGUAACUAAACUAUUAAACUUUUUUUUUUAUUUUACCAGGUAAGGCUCACUGAGCUAUAUAGCUCUUUUUUUAAAGCUACCUGAUCGCAAAUGAUAUAUCAACGGAGUGGCUUAUCGCGUGCAAAUGUAUUGCAGCCAAAUACUCUAAACGCACGUUGAUUCUGAAUGUGGAGGGAAAAACUGGAGGACCUGGAAAAAAAUCCACGCGACCACUGGGAGACGCACAAACUCCAAAUAUGCAGGCGUCAGGGUCGGGAUCGUACCCACGACCUGCUGGAAACCAGGCGAGGUAGCGGCAACAUGAAACGAACACGCUCCUUUUCGUGCAUCGUGAUGCUCGGAGGCCUUGUACUCUUCUACAUAUACCUGAAGUAUCACAUGCUGUCCAGCCAGCAAAGCCUCAAAGCACUGAGUGCAGGGAAUGGAGAUGUUUACCAGACGAGAUUCAGGCCUCGCAAGAUGAUUCCCACAAAAAGCUUUGCACAGGUGCAGAGGGCGAUCAUCCUGCGUGAAACGUGCGGAAAACUUGGACACAAAUCAGUGCAAACAAAGCAUUUCACGAAGGACAUGCUGGAGCACAUUUACGUGGUGGACAGUCACUACCUGCUCUACUGUGGGAUUGCCCACGUGGGGGACAUACAUUGGAAGAAAAUCGCUCUGGUCCUCAGCGGUCACGCAGCCUCGGCCGACGAGAUUUCGAGCUCCGAAUCGCAGACCGACAACGGGCUCAAACGGCUGAGCGAACACAGCUCCUCCGAGGCCCUGAGUCGCAUGUACAACUACACCAGCAUGUUGUUUGUGCGGGAUCCCAUGGAACGCGUGGUCUCUGCCUACCGUGAAAUGAUGGAAAAACAGAUUUCAUUCGAGAAGGACUCCUUUGGGGGUACGAUGAAAAGAACGGGUCAAGGCGUCACAUUUCAAGAGUUUGUGCAGUUUCUCCUGAACACGACGGGCCAACAAGACAUUGACUGGCACUGGAGGCCCUAUCACCGUGUCUGUAACCCAUGCCUCGUGCGCUAUACCUUCAUUGGCAAGCUGGAAACCUUGCAGAGUGACGCGGCUGAAUUACUGUCUUUAGUAAACGCCCCGAAAGACUUAACUUAUCCUUCGACGGUCACUGCCGAAUCAUUUGAAAAUAUUACUCAGCGCUACUUGGCCCAGCUGCCACCAGAAAUGCAAGAAGCUCUUUAUAAAACCUAUUACGUGGACUACUUGCUUUUUGGAUACCCGCUCCCACCAGGCUUGUUAGACAAGUUACCGUAGUCACAAAUAAAGACACGCAUAGUUUAAUUACACUGUACGCAUUUCUACACAGUGGAUAUUGAUUAACCUAUUAACUGUUUUUUUGUAUUUAGCUUGUCCUUCCCCCACACCUCUGAUUAGCACGGUUGGCUACGUACGGUGCAAACGACGUUCAACAUACGUAUGUGAUUUAAAUGUAAAAUCGGACUCUAAAGUUGGGUGGCAAACAUCCACACUGGCAAGCCUGAAUGAGGGAAAGUCAAGUCCCAGCUGGCCAUGGAGUGAAUUCUAGUCAUAUAGAGCUGGCAUUGUACACACAAAUUGUCGAGAUUACACCUUUUAGAAAAAACUAUUCUGAUUGUGGGCUGCACAAAAUUGAGGCACUGUAUUUUAAAAUGUUUUCAUUAUAAAACCUUGUGCCAUGAAGGAUUGCAUUUGGCAGUUUUGAAGGGUGCUGAAUCCAGCUUUGAUGUAAUAUUUUUGGCAACUGUUGUUUGGAUAUUUCUUGGAGUGUGGUACAGAGAUAAUGCGAAUUACAGUAUCAGAAGGAACCUUUGCAUACUGCUGAGGUGUGACUUUUAUUGUAGAGUAUAUAAAGGAACUGGGGUUAUUCUCUUUUGCUGUUGGAAGAAAGUCAUAACUUCCUUCGUUAAGGAAGUGCACUUUAAUGAGCGCAAAAUAUUUUUUCUUCAUACACAAGUGUAUUUCAUCAGCUCGAUGAAAUACAGUACACACAUGGAUAUUGUGAUAACUGUAUAUUCACCUUGUGAUUGGUUUUAUUGGGUUGUCAUUUCGUCUAAAGGAAUAAAAUAUUCCUUUAGAAAUGUUUCAUUCCACUUAUCUUUCAUGUCCAUAUCAUGGAAAUGGCCCGCAACCUAAAAACAAACAGUUGCUAUGUUGCAGGUUCAUAUCUCGGCAAUGCGUUCUGGACUGACAGGAGUUUGAACAAUUGGAGCUCUCCUGACGUGUUUUCGAGUUGUAACGUGUGUUGUUUUUCAAGAAACUCCAAGCACCUGAAGUGAAGUGUGCAGAAUAACACGCAGUACAACCUUCAACAGCAUCGGAGAGCAAUACACAGCACAUCCGCGAACACCUUCUAGUGGUUUCAAGAUCUAUUCAACAGAAAAAAAGAGUGACGGUCAAAAUUGCUGCUUUGGCAUUCCCUAGUGAUGUCAAUGUGGUGUAGCCGCUGCCAUAUCUUAAAAAAACCCAUCUACAUCAUCAUCACACACUGAAUGGUGGAAGCCAGUGUCACACUGUAGCUGCUUCACAAGGCGCGCUGCACAGAGGGAGCCGGGCCGUGUUCAUUCAAUCACAAUCGGUGCCCGCUGUGGUAAUUAAAAUCAGAAAGGGCUAUCAUGAAGUCAGGAGGCGACGAUGCUGGGUUUUUUUUUAAAUGGAUGAAUCGGUAGUUACAGCGGCAGUUGUGGCUGCGGCGCAGACGUGGUUUCAAUGCUGAUUUGGUAACAAAAUAAAAUGCGUAUCGACAAUUGUGUUGCGUUCUUCUUGUGUGGGGAAGAUCACAGUUUAUAUGGUGGUGGAAUUGAUGAUAGUGAUCAUGAUGCUGUUAGUGAUGAUACUGGUGAUGCUUCAUCGCAUAAUAGGCGUCUCCUUAACUGGGCAAUGCGACU